AUGCAUGUCGAGGACAACCCCCGAGCUGUUAAGAAGACUUCUUUUAGUCAUGAAGAUCGAAUUGAUGGUCACUUCUUUGCAGUUGGACAAAUGGCCUACGAAAGCAAUGGCAUCAGAGGAAUCCUCAAUUCGCCAUUCGUCUGUGGUGCAGCUCUACUAGCAUCGUUUGGCGGGUUAUCCUUCGGCUAUGACCAAGGUGUCAUCUCCUUAAUCCUAGUCAUGCCUCAAUUCAUCGAUCAAUUCCCUGAGAUUGACACUGAUGCCCCCGGCUACGGCUUUAACGUCGGCUUCCUUACUGGAAUGCUAGAGCUCGGCGCUUUCGUGGGAUGUCUAUUCUUCCCAUACCUUGCUGACCGAAUCUCAAGGAAAUGGGGCAUCAGCAUUGCCACUGGAUUCUUCUGCGUCGGUGCGAUUAUGCAAACCGCAGCCAAUGAAUAUGGUACACUUGUUGCAGGCAGGUUUAUUGGCGGAAUAGGUGUUGGCACAUUGGCUAUGGGUGCACCACUCUAUAUCUCGGAAAUUGCACCUCCCAAUUUGCGAGGCUCUCUGAUGGUACUCGAGGCCAUCAGCAUUGUCAUAGGAGCUGUUGUCGCGUAUUGGAUUACAUAUGGCACAAGAGCGAUUGAUGGAGAUUGGGCGUUCCGGUUGCCAUUCUUUCUCCAAAUGAUACCGGCCUUGGUCGUUGGUUUUGGAAUCCAUUUGUUUCCAUUCUCGCCUCGAUGGCUCGCCCUUCGUGGCCGGAAAGAGGAAAGUCUACUAUCGCUAGCUCAGCUGCGACGAUUACCUCCGUCGGAUGAGACAGUUCAGUCAGAAUGGAGGGGCAUUAUCACAGAAGUCCGAUUUCAAAGAGAGAUAAUGCACAAUCAAUAUCCUAACACAGCACCAGCAAUGUUGGAGCUCAGGGGAUGGUUAGAUCUCUUUCGUCCUCGAUAUCUCCGCAGAACAGCUGUAGCCAUUGCUAUCCCUUUCUUCCAACAGUUUUCUGGCAUCAACGCCUUUAUGUACUAUGCGCCUACGUUCUAUUCGAGACUCGGUCAGAGUUAUGACAUGUCUUUGAUUCUCUCCGGGUUAGUGAACGUCGUCCAACUCGUGGCUAGUGUCCCCACGCUACUCUUUUUGGAUGGCAUUGGCAGACGAAAGCUUGCCAUUAUUGGCGGGGUUGCUAUGGCUAUUCCACAUCUCAUAAUGGCAGGUAUAUAUGGGAGCUUCAGCGAUAGCUGGACUUCUCAUAAGGGGGUCGGUUGGUUUGGUGUGGCUCUUAUAUAUAUCUAUGUUGCUUGUUACGCAGCUUCAUACGGACCCCUCGCUUGGGUCCUCCCGGCUGAAGUAUUCCCAAGUUCAAGACGAGCAAAAGGCGUUGGUCUCGCGACUGCAACUAUUUGGUUGGCCAAUUUCAUAAUUGGUGUUGUGGUUCCCCAAAUGCUAGUUUCACUUGGAUGGGGCACUUUUCUGUUCUUCGGCCUAUUCUGUGUUGCUGCUGCCUUAUUCUCGUUCUUGUUUGUCCCGGAAACAUCAAAUAAGUCUCUCGAGCAGGUUGCAGGUGUGUUUGGUGAUGGUUUUCGUCACGACGAGCAAGAGAUUCAGGCACGAAUUGAACGAGAGGUAUGGAAUGAAACCAGUAUGCAGGCUUAG